AUGCUCCGAAAGGUGAAGGAAAGUCAUCUACUUACGGCUAGGAAGCUGGGGGAAGCUGAGAUUGCUAUAAUCAAAUAUGUGCAAACCACAAAUUUUCCUCAAAAGAAAUUAGGUAAAGGCAGCAAUCUAGCUAAACUAAACCCUAAACUAAAUGAGGGAAUUCUAAGAGUUGGGGGCAGAAUCAAAAAUGCACCCAUUCCCGAAAAUAUGAAACACCAGAUCAUUCUUCCAAGAGAUCAUCAUGUGACUACUCUAAUCAUCCAACACAUACACAAAAGGAUUGGCCAUCAAGGAUUAAAUCAUGUUCUGUCAGUACUAAGACAGAAGUACUGGGUAUUGAAAGUUGGACCACUAGUCCGGAGCAUUGUGAAGCAAUGUACUAUUUGCAGGAGUGUAAAAGCAAAGUCCAUUGAGCAGUUAAUGGCUAAUUUGCUGGUGGAACGUGUACAACCUGACGCACCUUUUGCGAACACCGGCAUAGACUACUUCGGCCCCUUCGAAGUGAAAUAUGGAAGGGCCUGUAGAAAAAGAUACGGGGUAAUCUUCACAUGUAUGGCAUGCAGAGCUGUACAUAUUGAAGUAGCUGCAUCUAUGGAUACCAGUUCCUGUAUUAAUGCUUUGCGCCGUUUUAUAGCAAGGCGUGGCCAAGUGAAACACAUUACCUCAGACAACGGUAAAAAUUUUGUUGGUGCCAAGGCAGAAUUUGAAUGCAUCGAUAAGAAGAAGAUGCAAGAAUUUGCAUGCAACCGAGGGAUAGAAUGGAAAUUUAACCCGCCGUCAGCCUCCCAUUUUGGAGGCGUGUGGGGGAGGCAGAUACGGACAAUACGCCAAAUCCUCAACAGUCUGUUGAAUGAGCAGUUUAUAAAAACGACUGGAUCUGAUGAACAGUUGAACACGUUCAUGUGUGAAGUGGAGGCGAUCAUCAAUAGUAGGCCUCUAACGAGGAAUUCAGAUGAUCCAAAUGAUUUAGAUGUUGUGCUGCGCCUUUCGCUCGCCAUAGUGUUUUUUCGUUGGCGGCGUGUUUCGUGA